UCUUCGUAAGAGAAAAUCAUGCCCUAUCAGUUUAAAAUUUUGAAUGAUAAAAAGUAUGCUUUCAAGAUUCAGAUUAGUCACUUCAAUAUUGACAACCACACUGAUGGGUAUGCUGUUCAUAAGCUGGUGAAUGAUCCAGCUAUUAUUGAAUCUUUGGAGAGCCGAAUUCCAGCUGAUCAGGGUGUGGACGAGCCGGAUGCUAAUGUUUCACUUAGCGAUUUAUCAACUCAAAAUCCUUUUGCUCUAAAGGAGGCUGUGGAUUCUAUUGGGGAUAGCUUCACACCCGAUUGCACAUCUAAAGAUUGUUCAAAGACUUCGUCUGCGGAACUGAAGCGUAACCUUGCGGACGUUUAUGAAGUUGAAGAAACCACGUCUCUAUCAUCAACGAAGGUUAAAAAGACUGGUGACGCAUAUGUCACAAUUGAUGGUGUGGAAACCAUCAUGUUGGUUCCAAAGAUUGAAAAGUAGUUCAUGUUUGAAGUAUGUGUUGAAAAAACAAUUUGGCUGUUUUCCUUAUUUUGAUUGUUUGGUUUGGUUUGGAUGUUUGAUUGGUUAGGACAAUUUUUGUUAU